UAAUGAAAUUCGUGUUGUUGGCAAUUUUCUUAUUGCUUGUGAUAGCUGGAGAAGAUUAUUAUCAGUUGUUAGGAUUGAAGAAAGGAGCAAGUGAAGCUGAAAUCAAGAAGGCUUUUAAGAAAUAGUCUUUGAAAUACCAUCCUGAUAAAAAUAAGGGAAAUGAGGAGAAGGUAAUUAAUUAUUCUUAUUAUUCUUUAGGCCUAGAAAUAAUUCUAAAAAAUAGUAAAUGCUUAUGAAACAUUAAAAGACCCAGAGAAAAGAAAGAUUUAUGAUUAAUAUGGUGAAGAAGGUGUAAAUAAACAUGAACAAUAAUAAUAAUAAGGUGGUGGAGGAGGAUUUCAUAAUUUUGGUGGUGGUUUUGAGGAUAUUUUUUCAUAAUUCUUUGGAAGAGGUGGUGGUGGCGGUGGUGGUCGUCAGUAAUUCCAUUUUAAUUUUGGAGGAAAUCAAGGUGGUGGUGGAUUUGGUAAUCAAGAAUUUUAGGAUGGAGGUCAAGCAAAAAAAGAUAAUCUAUUUGAUAAUACAGAUGUUUAUGCUCUUGAUAUGAGUAAUCUCUCUCGAUUUUACAGAAGAGAAGAAGUUUGGUUAAUUUAUUUCUAUUUACCAAAUGGGGAAGGAUAAAAACAUAAAAAACUUAUAAUUGAAUUAGCUGAAAAAUAUGCUGGUAUUUUUAGAGUAGCAGCUAUUGAUUGUGAAGAUGAUGAAGCAUUAUGUGAAGAUGAAUUCUCAGUUAGAAGAUAUCCUUCUGUUUCUAUUUAUGCAUCUCGUCUUUCAGCAGAACCUAUUAAGUAUAAAGGAAAAUGGGAAUUAAAUGAUUUAGCAAAAGAAGCUGUAGAUUUGAUGGAAGAUUUUGUUAUUGUUUUAAGUGGAUUCAAUUUCUAAGAAUACAUUGAAAAAUCAAAACCUAAAGUUAUAUUAUUUACUAAUAAAAAAUCUACUCCUCCUUUGUUUAAGGCUCUUUCAAAAGAAUUCAAAGGCAAAUUAGAAUUUGCUAUGAUUAGAUAAUCUGAAAUCCAAUUAUCAUAGAUUUUCAAGAUAACUGAAUAUCCAAGUUUGGUUGUUGCUUAAAAUGAUUAAGAUUUUAAAGUUUUUGAAUCAGAAUUUAAAAAAGAUUAGAUUGUUAAAUUUUUAAGAUAAUUUGCAUAUGGAUAAAAGAAGGAACCACCAUAGAAAUUAAUUUAAUAGUUGAAUAGAUAAAAUUAUGAAUAAUGUAUAUAAAAAGGUAAGGACUUAUGUUUCUUAUUGUUAAUCAACAAUGAGUUAGAAUUAGAGUUAAUAUCUAAAAUACCUAGUAAAUAUUAAAAUGAAAACAUUUAAUUCUAUUAUGGGUCUCUAAAGUAUUGUAUUUUCAUUAUCAUAGGUAAUUCACUUCUAAAUUUGAAAAAGAUUAGACUAAAUCAUAUGCUGUGAUUAUAAAACCAAAGAGAUAAACAUAUGCUGUUUAGAAUUCAAUAGAAACGAAUGAAAUCAUAACAUUCAUUGAUGAUGUACUUGGAGGAGGUAGAACUUUCAAGAAAAUGCAUUCUACAUUUAGUAAAGAAGAGUUGUGA